AUGUCGGCGGCAUCACCACGACAGGGCCGGCGGACCGCCGCGUCGAGACGCAGGAUCGUCGAUUCGGAUGAUGACAUGGACAUGGACAUGGGCGACGACGUAGCUCAAGGAAACGACACUAACAAUACACAUCAAGACGACGAAGACGAAGAAGAAUACACUCCGGCCCCAGCCCGCUCUACACGCCACAAGUCUUCUGUACCGCCUACACCGCAGACAGCCUCGCGCACUCGCCGCAAGCCUGUCGACGACGACGAAGUCCUCGAAGAUGCGACUUCGCCCGUCAAGCCCAAGCGCCGUACCGCCAAAACUGCCCGUACUGUACGCAAGAGCCGCAUCUCUACAUCCGUUGCUUCUGAGAUCGAUGCAUCCACAAUGCAGCCUCCUCAGCGCUCGGCUCCGCCACCUGCACAGAAGCAAGCCACGCCGCUUGCCGACAUCACAGAGACAGCUGUGAACGACCAGACUCCGCGUGCACAGAAGAGACCUCCACCCUCGAGUCAGGUCCACAAGGUCGACACAAACACCACUCUACUGGAAAAACCAAUGGAUAUCGUCGUGCGUACCAGAACUGCCGCUACUAUGCCUGUUAGCCAGGCUCCCGACGAGCCUCGAUCCCGUACCGUUAUUACCCACCUCGUUUUGAAGAACUUCAAGAGUUAUGCUGGCCGUCAGGAGGUCGGUCCUUUCCAUGCUUCAUUCUCCUCGGUCGUCGGUCCCAACGGCUCAGGCAAAUCCAAUGUCAUUGACUCUUUACUCUUCGUCUUUGGAUUCCGCGCCAGCAAAAUGCGCCAGGGAAAGAUUUCCGCUUUGAUUCACAAUUCGGCAGCCUAUCCCGACCUGGACCACUGCGAGGUUGAAGUCCACUUCCAACAGGUCAUGGAUCUGCCAGCUGGUGGCAGCGAGGUCAUUCCAGACUCACAGCUUGUCAUCUCGAGACGUGCCUUCAAAAACAAUGCAAGCAAAUACUACAUCAAUGGCCGAGAGUCAAAUUUCACCGCCGUCACUACUCUGCUGCGCGAUCGCGGUGUCGAUCUUGACCACAAGCGUUUCUUGAUCUUGCAGGGUGAGGUCGAAUCGAUUGCUCAGAUGAAACCGAAAGCUGCUAGCGAGCAUGAUGACGGUCUUCUAGAAUAUCUCGAGGACAUCAUCGGCACCUCCAAAUACAAGACGCCCAUCGACGAAGCUGCCACCGAGACAGAAGCCCUCAAUGAAGUUUGCGCUGAGAAGAAUACAAGAGUACAACAUGUCGAGAAGGAAAGAAAUGCUCUUGAGGACAAGAAGGACAAAGCACUGGCUUUCAUCCGAGACGAGAAUGAGCUGGCUACCAAGCAAUCCUCUCUGUACCAAAUAUACAUCAGCGAGUGUUCCGACAACGUCACCGUGACUGAAGAAGCCGUCCAGCAACUCCAGCAGCAACUCGACGAGGAACUGGAAAAGCACAAAGGUAACCAAGAAGGAAUCAAGCGACUGCAGAAACAACACAGCGCGACAGCCAAGGAGUACGAGCGCAUGUCUGAGAGCACACAAUCUGUUCUAAAAGAGAUGGCAAAGCUCGACAAGGAAACCGUGAAGCAUGCAGAGAAAAAGAAGUUCCUCGCCAACAAGGCUAAGAAGCUUGCAAAAUCGGCAGAAGACAGCAGAUUCGCCAUCUCUGGAGCCACAACACAGGCCACACAAGCUGAAGACGAUAUAAACAGAAACGCACAAUCCAUAUCCGAACUAGAAGCAGAGAUGCAACAAGAAGAGGCACAAUUGACUCAAAUCCGAGAGAGCCUCAAAGGCAAGACUCAGGGUAUUUCAAACGAGAUCGCAGCCAAGCAAAAGACUCUGGAGCCCUGGCAAGCCAAAGUCAACGAAAAGCAGUCCUCAAUAUCUGUUGCGAAGAGCGAGCUCGACAUCCUUAGAGAGCGAGGUAAUGCCGGAGCAAAUGCUAUCCAGGACAUCGAAUCAAAGAUCACGGCACUCUUUGAAACUCGAGAAGCCAAAGCGGUAGAAUACAAGGAAUGUAGGCGUGAACGAAAGGAGGUAGAGCGGUCUGUACAAGAAGCUCACGCCGAGGUCGAUCGUCUCGUUUCACAAGAACCUGCCUUGCGCUCCAAUCUCUCAGGGGCACGACAAAAAGCCGACGAGGCAAGAGCAAGCUUGGCAGCUACGCAGACCCAAGGAAACGUUCUCACUGGUCUUAUGCGCCUCAAAGAGUCUGGCAGAAUCGACGGGUUUCACGGACGUCUCGGCAACCUUGGAGCUAUCGACGCGAGAUUCGAUGUCGCGAUCUCUACCGCAUGUCCUUCUCUCGACAAUCUGGUAGUCGACUCUGUUGAGGUCGGUCAACAAUGUAUUGAGUACCUUCGCAAAAACGACCUGGGUCGUGCCAACUUCAUCCUUCUCGAUCGCCUGCCACAGAGAGAUUUGUCGGCCAUACAAACACCAGAAAAUGUACCGCGACUGUAUGAUCUUGUCAAGCCAAAGCAUGACAGUUACAGGCCUGCCUUCUACAGCGUGCUCCAAAACACACUUGUUGCCAAGGACCUCGAGCAGGCCAACCGCAUCGCUUAUGGUGCAAAACGUUGGAGAGUUGUCACGCUUGAUGGUCAAUUGAUCGACAAGUCAGGUACUAUGAGCGGUGGUGGCACAAGAGUCGCCAAGGGUGCUAUGUCUUCCAAGGUUGUGGCCGAUGUGACUAAGGAUCAGGUCGCCAAACUCGAGGUUGAUCGUGAUGCACUAGAGGAGACCUUCAAACAGUUUCAGCAAAGGUCGCAGCAGCUCGAGACUCACCUCAGGGAGCUGCAAGAUCGCAUGCCACAACUCGAUACGCAAGCCGAGAAGCUGAAGUUGGAGGUCCAGAGUUUGGACCGUAACAUUGCUGACGCUGAGAAAAGAGUCGAAGAACUCCAGGCUGAGAGUCAACCUUCACAAUCAGACAACAAGCGCGUCUCUGAGCUCGAGAAGACCAUCAAGACUCUUGAGAAGGAGACUGAGAAGCUACAGUCAGAGACUGCUGGUAUCGAAGAGGAGAUCAAAGCACUGCAAGACAAGAUCAUGGAAGUCGGUGGUGUACAGCUCCGUACACAGAAGGCCAAGGUUGAUGGACUCAAGGAGCAAAUCGAUCACCGCACCGAGGAAAUGUCCAAUGCAGAGAUCAACAAGGCCAAAGCCGAGAAGCAAAAGUCCAAACACGAAAAGACCUUCAACGAUGCACAGUCUGAGCUGGAGAAGAUAACAGCCGAUGCGGAAAAAGUCGAGGAUGAGAUCAAAGAGCAGACCAGAAACACUGCAGGCUUCCGUAAAGAGGCGGAGGAAGCUCAAGAGGCCUUGGACACCAAGAAAGAAGAACUCGAAACACUUAAGAGCGAGCUUGAUGCCCAGACGGCCAUCUUGAACGAGACUCGAGGAAUCGAAAUCGAGAUGCGGAACAAACUCGAAGAGAACCAGAAGAUCAUGGCUGAGAACCAGAAGCGCCUACGAUACUGGCAAGAGAAGCUGAACAAGCUUACUGUCCAGAAUAUCGGAGACGAUGGCGAAGAGCUUGAGCCUCUGCCUAUGGCGCAAUACACCAAAGACGAGCUCGAGGACAUGUCCAAAGACGAGCUCAAAGCCUCGAUAGCGCUCCUUGAAGAGUCGACAUCUCAGGCGGUCGAGCUUUCCGUUCUUGCCGAGUACCGUCGUCGUGUAUCUGAACACACGUCGCGCAUGUCUGAUCUCAACGAAGCUCUGGCUGGUCGCGACUCGGCAAAGAAACGACUGGACGAUCUUAGACGAAUGCGUCUCGAGGGAUUUAUGGAAGGGUUCUCCACCAUCUCCAUGCGACUCAAGGAAAUGUAUCAGAUGAUCACCAUGGGCGGUAACGCAGAGCUCGAGCUCGUUGACAGUCUCGACCCCUUCAGCGAAGGCAUUCUCUUCAGUGUCAUGCCACCAAAGAAGAGUUGGAAGAACAUCAGCAACUUGUCCGGUGGAGAAAAGACGCUCAGCUCUUUGGCGCUAGUUUACAUCAAGGAGAGGACCAAGAACGCUCAGUUCAUCGUCAUUUCUUUGAGAAACAACAUGUUCGAGUUGGCUGCGAGAUUGGUCGGUGUUUACAAGGUCAACCACAUGUAG